AUGCCCAGUACUGAGGAAGCUCCCAUUGCUGCGACAGUCAUAGCUUCUGGAUCUCCAACUAUGGAUUCUAAUGAUCCAUUUUUUCUUCAUCCCUCAGACUCUCCUGGCAUGAUCCUCGUCAACACUAUCUUUGAUGGUCAUGGUUUUGCAGGAUGGAAGAGGGCUCUCCUCAUUGCACUCUCAGCCAAGAAUAAGCUUGGUUUCAUAGAUGGGAGUUGCAAAUCACCUGCUGCUGGUUCAAUCAACCUCAGGCUGUGGAAUCGUUAUAAUGACAUGGUGACAUCUUGGUUGUUGAAUUCUCUCUCUAAGGAAAUAGCAGCUAGUGUCCUGUAUUCACAGAGUGCUGAAAGCCUUUGGGCUGAUCUUGAGGAUAGAUUUGGACAGUCUAAUGGUGCCAAACUCUAUCACCUGCAAAAAGAGAUCAGUGAUUUAGUACAGGGUACUAGUGAUAUAGCAGGCUACUUCACUAAAAUCAAGCUAUUAUGGGAUGAGCUUGAUGCUCUCCACUGUUCUAUGAUCUGUACAUGUAACUGCACUUGUGGAGGAAAGAAUAAGAGGCAGAAAUCUCUACAAGAUGAGAGGCUCAUUCAAUUUCUAAUGGGUUUGAAUGAUAGCUAUGGAUCUGUAAGAAGCAAUAUCAUCACGAUUGCUCCACUACCUAGUGUGAACCUGGCUUACUCUCUCUUAAUCCAAUAUGAGAAACAGAAAGAGAUCUACUACAAUCCUCAGUCUCCUGCUGACUUAUCCUCCUAUUCAGCAGUCCAGCAGCCUAUUCUUGGUAACAAAUCUCAAGCUUAUGAGUACAAGGGAAAAAAGAACAUUUUGGUUUGCUCUCAUUGCAAGAAGCCAAGACAUUCUAUUGACAAGUGUUACAGGAUAAUUGGAUUUCCUGCUGAUUUUCAGUUCACCAAGAGUCCAAAAUUCAAGGUGGGAAUCAAAAGCAAUGAAGUCUUGGGAACUCCUAAUGCUCAGCACACUGUGUUUGCUGAAGUAGAUGGGAACCCAUUCUCCCAUCAGCAGCUUAAUUACUUACUUCAAAUGCUUAAGCAUGCUGAUCUUGGAGACCGAGAGAAGUUGAUCUCACAAGUGGCAGCUAAUAUGGUUCACUGUGCUGGACCUUUUAGUGAAGACCCCUCAGGUUCUUGGUCAAGCUAGAAAUGGCAUUUAUGUCCUCCAGUCACCAGUUUCUCCUCUUCAAUGUAGUUCUAAGAAUAGCUUAGGAUUAUUUUCUAGUCUUUCAAUUCCAGAAUGUAAUGCAGUUUCUUCUAGUAAUGUAGUUUCUUCAAAUUUCAGUUCUAAUGUAAGACUAUGGCACAAUAGAUUGGGGCAUUUACCCUUUUCUUCAAUGAAAUCUAUGAGUUUCCUUUCUUCUUUGCCUAAUGUUGAUUGUCCUUGUGAUAUUUGUCCUAUAG